GAACACUUCUGCCCGCCAGUCAGUGAACGCGACACACUGAGGUAGUGAGUUAGUGGUCCUCUGUAGAAGUCGCUUAGCACUGUAAGGUAAACACCAUGAACACCAGAGUCGUCACCUUCUGCCUCCUCCUCCUGGUUGCUGGGGAGACCCUGGGAAUGGCCACGGAGAAGAGCUGUAAUCCCGGAGACUUCUUCUGCCGUAACAGCGACCCCCCAGAGUGUAUACCAAACAGAUUCGUUUGUGACGGCUUCUUUGACUGUGGGGAUGGUGCUGAUGAGGAGAAGUGUAAGGAUCGCCCUGCAGCAGAAGCCCUGAACGGACCAAACCUCCGCCUGCUGGACUCUGCUGUUCCUGUCCACCUUCCCCCAGCCGCUGCCUCGUUCCACUCCCCUUCUGCCCCGGUUUUCGCUCCUGAAGAAGAAGCUCCGACCUUUCCCUUAGAGUUAGGCAAAUAAGGAUGCCUUGAGACAGAAGGAAAGGACCCUCCCUUGACAGAAUCCUAAGGACUUUUUGAAUAGUGGGGGUAUUUUUCUUUGGGGGGGGGUGGA